GACCGUCGCCCUUGUGUCCAUGACCUCCACUGCCCUUGUCAUUGUACAUGGCCUCCAUCUCCAUCUCUAUCCGAGCAAGAGAAUCAGAAGAUGGGUCACCCAGAAAUGCGAUGGCAACAGCCAUUAGGACUUUUAGCGGUGGCGAUCUUCUUCUUCGGAGCAGAAUCCAAGUGCAGCAGCGACGGCUGCGACCUCGCACUCGCUUCUUACUACCUCUGGUCAGGCUGCACCCUGACAUUCAUAUCCCGAGCCUUCUCCACCCCCAUCGACCGCAUCCUCAGUUUCAACCCUCAAAUCACCGAUCGAGACCUCAUUUUCGCCGGAACCAGAGUGAACGUCCCCUUCUCCUGCGAUUGCAUCGAUGGAGAUUACAUGGGUCACGAGUUCAAAUUUACGGCGAGGGCUGGGGCUACCUACAGAAAGGUUGCGGGAACGUACUUUUCGAACCUCACCACCGUCGAAUCGACGCAAAAGAUUAACAUAUACGAUCCCAAUUUUAGAUCUAAUGGUGAUGCUCAAUUUAAUGUUUUUGUGAAUUGCUCGUGUGGGAAUAGUAAGGUUUCGAAGGAUUACGGGUUGUUCGUGACGUACCCUCUUCGGGCCGGCGAGACUUUGGAGACGGUGGCGAAUGCGGCGGGGGUUCCUCCUCGGGUGUUGCAGGAAUAUAAUCCCAAUUCCAACUUCAGCCUUGGGAAGGGCUUGGUUUUCUUUCCGGGAAGAGAUCAAAAUGGAGACUAUCCACCACUAAAGUCAAGCACAGCUGGAGUCUCCAGAGGAGUCAUUGCUGGCAUAGCUGUUGCAGUAGUUGUUGUGGCUGUGUUUCUAACUUUUUGUCUAUACACGGGAUUCUAUAAAAGAAAUAAAGUGGACGAGGCACUUAAUAUUUACUUAUUUCUCAAUAUUAAUCCUUUUCUUUAUGUUGUUGAUUCAGUUUCUGGAAAUGGCUUGGGGAAAGCUUCAGAAUCAGCUGCUGUUGUUGGCGGUGCUUUGCCAGGUAUUACUGUCAGCAAGUCAGUGGAGUAUUCAUAUGAAGAGCUUGCCAAGGCUACAAAUGACUUCAGCAUGGCGAAUAAGAUUGGCGAAGGUGGCUUUGGUUGUGUUUAUUAUGCAGAAUUAAGAGGAGAGAGAGCUGCAAUUAAGAAGAUGGAUAUGCAAGCAUCAAAAGAGUUCCUUGCAGAACUGAGGGUUCUUACACAUGUGCACCACUCAAACCUGGUGCGCUUAAUAGGAUAUUGUGCUGAGGGUUCCUUGUUCCUAGUCUAUGAGUUUAUUGAGAAUGGAAAUUUAAGUCAACAUUUGCAUUGCACAGGUAGGGAGCCAUUGCCAUGGACUACUAGAGUGCAAAUUGCACUGGAUUCAGCAAGAGGACUUGAAUAUAUCCAUGAGCAGACUGUUCCCGUCUACAUCCAUCGCGAUAUUAAAUCAUCAAACAUUCUGAUAGACAACAGCUUCCAUGGAAAGGUUGCUGAUUUUGGGUUAACCAAACUAACUGAAGUUGGAGGUUCUUCGCUGCGAACGCAACUUGUGGGUACAUUUGGAUACAUGCCUCCAGAGUAUGCUCAGUAUGGUGAUAUUUCCCCUAAAAUAGAUGUAUAUGCUUUUGGAGUUGUCCUUUACGAACUUAUUUCUGCUAAGGAAGCCAUUGUCAAGGGAAACGAAUCCAUAACGGAACCAAUAGGGCUUGUUGCUUUGUUUGAAGAUGCUUUUAGUAAGCCUGAUCCAGUAGAAGAUAUUCGCGAACUUGUUGAUCCCAAACUUGGCAACAAGUACCCAAUUGACUCAGUCUAUAAUGUGGCGCAGCUUGCAAAGGCUUGCACGCAGGAAAGACCUCAGCAAAGGCCUAGCAUGAGGUCAGUUGUGGUCUCACUCACGGCACUUCUGUCCUCAACUGGGGAUUGGGAUGUUCGUUCCCUCCAUGAGAACCAACACCUACUCAAUCUAAUGUCUGCAAGGUAGCCUCUGGCCUGCACAAGAAAUUCGUAUCUUUCCAGCACUGCCUCGGAGGAUCUGUAGAUUAUAAUUCUAAAAGAAGGCAAAUAUUCAUCAUCCCGGACUAUAAAGCUCCUCGCUUCGCAAGGGUAAGGGGAAGGUCAUUACUGUGUACGCAGCCUUACCCCUACUUUUAUAUAGAGAGACAAUUUUCUUGGACUCGAAUCCAUGACCAACUGGUCACAGAAGAACAACCUUACCACUGAUCCAAGACCCGCCCUCAUAUUUUAAUAUUGGAACUUGAAUCUUCUUCUUCGGGAAUUGUUGAAUUGGGUACUGGUAUUUGGUAAUCUGCUUCAAUAAUUGCAAGUA